AUGUGCAAGAUCGUCGAGUUAGUCACGACCAAAGAACUCUUCGAUGACCCCUACGACAAAAACAAUUUGCCAAGUGCUAACUCAACAGAGGUUAUUGUUGAGCUAACAGUCCAAUCCAUCACGGAAAUCAGCGAAUUCUCAUCCAGUUUCAAAGCAGAUGUUUGGUUCUCCCAAAUCUGGCGUGACCCUCGUCUGGAUUUCUCCGAUCGAAAUUAUUGUCUGAAAAACAUUUCACUGGCCUCUCAUAAACUUCCAACGAUGUGGUCACCGAACGUGUGUUUCGUGAAUAGCAAAAAAGUAGAAAUUCAUGCUUCGCCAUCACAAAACAUACUUCUCUUGAUAUUUCCGAAUGGUACUGUCUGGCUCAACUUUAGAGUGUCUCUCAUCGGUCCGUGCAAACUUGACUUGACCUAUUUUCCCAUGGACAGACAAUCGUGCAAUCUCGUUUUCGAGAGCUACUCAUAUAACACAGCAGAAGUGAGAAUUGUGUGGAGGGAUUGGGAUGCAGUCACUAUACCGGACCCAGAUUCUAAGAAUCUGCCAGAUUUUGAAUUGGUGGAUAUCAAACACAUGAAUGCAACACUAGUGUAUACCGCCGGAUUAUGGGAUCAACUGGAAGUGCAGUUCACUUUCCGAAGAUUGUACGGUUAUUAUGUCCUGCAGGCAUACAUGCCAACGUAUUUGUCCGUUUUCAUUUCUUGGAUUGCUUUCUGGAUUGAUACAAAGGCUCUUCCUGCUCGAAUCACUCUUGGAGUAUCUUCAUUAAUGGCUCUCACAUUUCAAUUUGGUAAUAUUGUAAAAAAUUUGCCACGUGUGAGUUAUGUCAAAGCACUUGACAUUUGGAUGUUUGGAUGCGUUGGAUUCAUUUUCUUGUCACUUGUGGAGCUUGCUGUCGUUGGUUUUGCUGACAAAUUGGAGGCCAAGCGGCGGAGACACAAUAGAUGUAAAGAGCAACUUAUGAUGAGAAGUGAUUCUGAGCAACAGUGGCUGUCAAGAUUGUCUGGACAGAGACCUCAAAUCACAGAAACGAAUUCAGAUGCAACUCACACCAUUCAAAUAAACGAUGGGAACGGGAACGUGCGACGUCGUAAAAGUGAAGAAAAGCGGCAAAAGCUGCUCUUGCAAAUGGAGAGUCCAAUUUUUGUGAAUGGGGAGAAAAUUGAUGAGAUUUCUGCCAAACUUUUCCCACUUCUCUUCACUGCUUUCAACAUUUUCUACUGGUUCUACUAUAUUGGCAUGUCUGGAGGUUUCUUCUAG